UUCACAUUUGGAGCCUUCAGGUUAGAAUCUGCGUCUUUAUCAGGUGAGAGAAAUGAGCUGGGCCGGUGGAGACUGGAUGUGCAGUGCAUGCCAAUACAUGAAUUUUAGGAACCGGGAAGCAUGCCAACGCUGUGGGUACCCAAAGUAUCAAGGCCCUGAUCCAGCAGGGUGGACUAGGAUCUUGCCUGGAGACUGGUAUUGCACUGCCUUCAACUGUAGAGCUCACAACUACGCUAGCAGGCCAAGCUGCUACAAAUGUGGUGCAGUAAAAAACUAUUAUGCUAGUGGGUGUGAAGGUAGCAGUUAUGGAUCAGAAGGCACUUAUCCUCCAGGAUGGAAAACUGGCGAUUGGAUUUGCCCUAGAAUGGGAUGUGGAGAACAUAAUUAUGCUAGCAGGACUGAAUGUUUCAGAUGCAAGACACCAAGGGAUUUUGGAAGUACGGUUCAAUGAUUGCAAUCAGGUGGACAAAAAUAUAACAUGCAGUGGUAAUUUUCAGAUGAUGAAGCUGUCUCCUCUCUACACAAAUAACUCCUUUAAUUUCUAUUUACUUUUACAGUCGACCCUAUUCAAAAGCAUAUGUAGCUAGCUAUGCAUUUGCUCUGAUAAGAAGAGUUUCCGGCUUUUAUUAUAUGAUGCAUAUAUAGUGUAAUAAUGUCCCAGUAAAGAGUAGUUAAUUAAUUAGUAGUCAAUUUAGAUAUAUGAACU